AUGCUCCUCGAGAUCUCCAAAAUUUGGCACAUUUCUAUUUCGUCAAUUGGCUGUUUGGCUAACCUACUGCUGACCUAUGUGGCUCUUAAAAAGACGCCGAACGCCACGAAAUCGUAUGCGACACUUAUUAUCAACUUUGCGAUCACCGAUUUCGCCGAAUGCUUUUUAGACCUAUUCCUACUAGUUCGGUAGGCGUUGGAAAGGGGGAAGAGAGCGAAAGAAGAGAAAAGUGAAUUCAGAUUCAUAAUAACUCCGAUGCAAACAACGUUGGUGUACGUGUUUCACGGGAUGUGCCAGUACACGGGUGCACUUUCGUGCAAGAUUGGGUGAGUGAAUGAGUGAGUGAGUCGACGACGGACCGUCCACAGGUGUGGACGAUGGGCGAUGACAUACACAUAUUUUAUGGGUCUCAUCGAUUGAGGGGGAAUUGAGUCCUUGUUGCGAGGUCCAGUAGAACUGUGAUCGUUAACAGGACGUGCACAUCGGGCACUUUACAUCGUAAUCAAUGGUAAAAAUACAUGUUUUUAACGGAUUAGUAAAAUCUCUUCCACUUUUCGAUACAUCCUGACAAGAUCUUUCAAUAUGGCUAAAAUUAUCACUGAUAAUAGACAACAAUUUGAUCCUAAUUGGGUCUUCGAGCGUUUGAGACGGCGUCUUUUCUCUGGAACACCUUGUAGUUUCGUUGAGUCAGCCGAUUCGGUGCGGAGUCAAGAGGAGAGAGAGAGAGUGAUGUUGCACAACGACCACAGUCCCGCCAGGCGACCAUGAGGUCAACUGACGCAAUAGAACAACUGCUCGCGCGCGUAUUGCGCCUUAAUUCUCGAAUAAAUGAGAGGCCUGUGUCCGGAUACAAGACUAACUCGAACUUUUCUACAGGCUCAGCUUCCUCCUCCACUGCUACCCCCACUCCGCCUGGUCCCUUCUCCUAUCAUUUUCCUAUCGAUAUUACAUUCUGAACCGUCCGGCGUUGACCCGAAAGAUCUUGGUUCUGCUCAUUCUUCUCGCGUACAUGCCCUCACUUUUCCAGGCGGUGAGUACGAGAAGGAGUACGGUAGUUGCCAAGUUCGCACUUUAGUUAACCUACUGGACCGUGAUUGUCGACAGAGAACAGAUCCUUCCGUUGAUCGACGAGUUCUUCCCCCAAUACAAUUUAUCCGAAGAGCCGGGAAUCAUCGAAGGCGUCACUACCAUCAACACCUUUCCCGGAAUCUUUUUCCUCAUCCACCUGUGUCUUCCAAUUUUUCCCAUUUACGUUGCGAUUAUUGUGUUGCGAGCGAAAAUUGUGAAAAGUUUGAUGAAGAAAGCGGAAAUGAUGUCCAAGGAUUUGAGGGCGAACCACAAGCAGAUUCUGAAGGUUGGAACUCUUUUGCUCCAGAUGAUACGUCUGUUUGUGUUCAGUGUCUGACCAUCCAAGCCAUGAUCCCAUCGAUUUUUAUGAUUGCAAUCCUGGCAUACUUCGUCGCGCAGUUCGGAAUCUGGACACAUCCGAUCCUCGAGCAUCUGAUCUUCGCGUCCGUUCUCCCGAUGCCAACGCUCUCACCAUUCACAUAUCUCGUGUACAUCCGACCGUAUCGAAUGUUUUGUUUGAGGUCAGAGCUCGAAGUUUCUAAAUUCGAAUAACUUUGUGAGUUUCAGAAUGUUACCAAUCAAGCGAACAGCAGUGUCUUCUGGCAAAAGCGGCCAGUUCUACAGUACGAACAACGUGUCCAGCAGUGGAAUUCCUGCAAAGUAUGCAUUUUAA